UUUCUUUCACCCGGAAGCAAAAGGGAAGGCGGAAGUGGGGAUUCUGAAGGAGUCAACAGCUGGAAGGAGGCAGGUGAUAUUCCUUGAAAAUGGAGCCUCAAGGGAUUGCUCGAGGUGCCCCUACGCACAGGCCCAAGGAUGGCCCCAGCAAGCCCGCCGUGCCCCAGAAGAACGCUUACGCCCGCCUUGUGCAGAAACACCACAGCGGACGGUUCCGGUCCUAUCUUCACCACAUUGCCCAGAAGCUUCAGCUGGAAGAGAGCUGCCUCAACGACUUGGGCUCGGACCCCGAAGCCCCCUUGAAGAGCGGCCUGGUGAGGGAGGCCCUCUCGUGGAACGGGGUGCUGGCGCCCGGCUGCUCACCUGUCAGGGCCCCGCAACCGGGACCCGAGAAUCCGAGCGAGAGCAACGAGCCGGGUCUUGCCAGGAGGAAAAGAGAUCCCGGCCCUGGCAGAGGCGUGGGGGAUGAGCUAGUGGAAGAAGAGGAGCUCGCUCCUAAUUGGCGUGGCGAUGCAGCUGUCCUGUCGAGCGCGAGGCAGGUACGGGGCAGCCAAGGGAUGUCUCCCAGGCCGGACUUCUCUCCGCACAAAACCUCCGGCUUUGAAGAGAGGGGCAGAGACGAGUCGUGGAGGAGCAGCCGGGAGGGCCCCGCUGUCACGGGCAGAGCAGAGAGCUUCGCUUCGCCGGGGCAGUUCGGCGCGGAUUUGCCCGCCACGAACCCCAGGAAGGCCGGUCAUUUGUCUCCCAGCCGAACCCAGGGAGGAGACAGGCGAGGAAUAGCGAGGACCAGGAACAACUCUGAAUCGGCCAGAGCCGCUCCAAACGUGGACCGGAGGCACCAGCUCUCUGAACCCCAGGCAGACACGAUGAGCAGCUCGGACUGCAGGGUGACCCUCAGGCAGCUGGGGACUCCCAGAGGAGGUCCCCACGCUGCUGCUUCAGCCCCCGGAGACAGAAAGAAUCGGAAUAAGACAACUCGAGGCGGCCGGAAGAAGGUGUUUGAAGCCUACAUGCCAAAGGAGGAGGUCUCGGCAGGCCUGAAAAGGAAGCAACUGAUCCAGGGACCCUUGAGAAUCAACCCCAAGAAGUACCACGAGGCCUUCAUUCCAUCUCCAGACGGUAUCCGGGAUAUCUUCAUUGACGGUGUUGUUGCUCGCAACAGAGCUCUGAAUGGGGACAUUGUGGUGGUGAAGCUGCUUCCAAAGGACCAGUGGAAGGUGAUCAAGCCUGAGGGCAGUGAAAGUGAAACAGGAGGUACUCAAGAGACAGAUGCCCCCAGCAAUCCACCGGGUGCCUCCAUGCAGAACAAUCCAGCCAAAGGGGACGCCGACAGCCCAGAUGUUAUCAUAGAAGCUCAGGUUGACGAUGACAACGAGGAUGUCGAAAGCCGGCAGGAGAGCUCGAAGGAGGCAAUGGAUCUCGGACGGUUGUCCCUGGGAGCUGGCGAAAAGGGACCGGACCCAGAGGCCUGUGUCGGCUCCCGUGCAAAAUCGGAAGGCUCCUCCAAGGUGAACGACCCGGAGCAGUUUCUUCAAAAGACGGGCAAGGUGGUCUACAUCUUGGAGAAGAAGCACUCGAGGGCAGCGAUGGGCUCCCUCCGGCUCCUGACCGACCGCAACAGCGAGCUAUUCAAGAAGUGUGCCAUGUUCUCUCCCGUGGACCACAGGUUGCCUCGUGCCUACGUGUCCCUGGCUGACUGCCCGCCAGACUUUGCCUCCAGACCCGAGGACUAUUCCAACACCCUGUUCGUCUGCCGUCUCACGGACUGGAGGGAAGACAGCAAUUUUGCCUUUGGCCAACUGUCCCAGAGCCUCGGCCAGGCUGGGGAAGUCGAGCCGGAGACAGAAGGCAUCCUGACGGAAUACGGUGUGGAUUUCUCCGACUUCUCCCCGGAGGUCUUGCAGUGCCUGCCGCAGAGCCUGCCGUGGGUUAUCCCGCCAGAAGAGCUUGCCAAGAGACGAGAUUUAAGGGAGGAAUGCAUCUUCACCAUUGACCCAUCCACGGCCAGAGACCUGGACGACGCCUUGUCCUGCAAGCUGCUUCCGGAUGGUAAUUUUGAAGUGGGAGUGCACAUCGCCGACGUCAGCUAUUUCGUGCUGGAAGGAACGGCGCUGGAUGGAGUCGCGAGCCAGAGGGCCACAAGCGUCUAUCUGGUGCAGAAGGUGAUCCCCAUGCUUCCAAGACUCCUCUGCGAAGAGUUAUGCAGCCUCAACCCCAUGGCUGACCGGCUCACUUUCUCCGUCAUCUGGAAACUGACUCCCGAAGGAAAGAUCCUCGACGAAUGGUUUGGGCGGUCGGUGAUUCGUUCGUGUGCCAAGCUCAGCUACGGCCAUGCCCAGAGCAUGAUUGAGAACCCCGAGAAAGUGUUUACGGCAGAGGAGCUCCCUCCUGUGUCUCCCCAGCAUUCAAUCAACGGAAUCCACCGGGCGGUCCUGAACCUCCACCGGAUCGCCAAGCAGUUACGCAAGCAGCGCUUUGUCGACGGCGCUCUCCGCUUGGAUCAGCUGAAACUCUCGUUUACUUUGGACAAGGAGAGCGGGAUGCCGCAAAGCUGCUACGUCUAUGAGUAUCGAGACAGCAACAAGCUGGUGGAAGAGUUCAUGCUUCUGGCCAACAUGGCCGUGGCUCACCACAUCUACCGCUCCUUCCCGGCGCAGUCCCUCUUGCGGCGCCACCCCCGCCCCCAGACCAAGAUCAUGAACGACCUGGCUGAGUUCUGCAGCCAGAUGGGCCUGGAGAUCGACUUCAGCAGCGCCGGGGCUUUGCACAAAAGUCUGACUGAAACUUUCGGGACUGGCAAAUACGCCGAAGCCAAGAAAUCGGUGCUGACCAACAUGUUCUCCAGGCCCAUGCAGAUGGCUGUCUACUUCUGCACCGGGGUGCUAAAGGACGAGGCUCUUUUCCACCACUACGCCCUGAACGUCCCCCUGUACACCCACUUCACGUCGCCCAUCCGCCGCUUCCCGGACAUCAUGGUGCAUCGACUGCUCUCCGCUUCUCUCGGUUCCAGCCCCGCCCCGAGGAUGAACUGCGACGAGAUCCAGAAGCAAGCCGAUCACUGCAACGACCGGAAGAUGGCUUCCAAGAGGGUGCAGGAGCUGAGCGCCGAUCUCUUCUUUGCCAUCUUUGUAAAGGAGCAUGGCCCCUUGGAGUCAGAAGCCAUGGUGAUGGGCAUCCUCAGCGAAGCCUUUGAUGUCCUGGUGCUGAAGUACGGCGUCCAAAAGCGCAUCUACUGCAAUGCUUUGCCUCUGGUGGGAUUCCACUUCCAGAAGGUGGGCAAGAAGCCGCAGCUGAGCCUGGUGUGGGAGCCGGAGAGUCCCGAACGGGAGGCCGUACAACAGGAUAUCGCCAUUUUCACCUUGGUGGAGGUGGCGCUGAAGUCGGACAGCGCCCCCUUGAGGUACAGCGCGGUGCUGAAGAGGCCCAACGCGGCGGAGAACGGCGCCUCCUGAGGGACCCGGCCUCUCCCGGGUCAGUUCCGCCAAAGCCGCCGUGAGCCCCACAGAGGCCACCCCCUGCAAAGACACUCUCCAGGAAAAAGACAGCCCGCAGGCCUUCUGGUUUAGUGGGUCGGUGGGUUUUUGUUUUAACCGAUGUUUCUUUUUUAACCCGAGGGGGCAGCAGUGGAAAUUGCAGGAACUCAAAACUCUUUUGGCUUUCUUCGUCUUCUUUUUGGUGGGAUCGUUUUACACCCCGUUUUCCCCACGGCCCCAACGGACUCAGGGCUUCCCAGCUGAAGCGGUGUCUUGGGCCCUCCGUAUCUUGUGUGCGUAUCGCUGACCGUGAGGUCCCGGUAAGCAUCUGCUGAAACGGUCCUUACUGUAACCUCUUCCACACUGUAAUAAAAACGUGGCCCACAGUGGAA